UGAAUUUUGAUCAGCAAUGUUUUUGUUUUUAAGCUAAAAAAACGGUAUAGACAUAAUAGAAUUAUUCACAUCUUUAAUAUUUCUACGGAAAUUUAAGCAGAAUAUCACUUUGAAGGGAACUGAUGGAUGCAAAUCAAUAAUGGUCAUCUAAGAGACCAAAUUCCGGUGUGAAGGAAGACACCUAUCGAUCUGUGGUCACAAUUAUUGGGCAUCAGCUAAUUUUUUGUAAACAAAACCAUUGAGCUAAGCGCAUUCCAAUAGAAAUCACAAUUUUCUAACUGCCAUAAAUAUGUAAAGCACAACAAUUGGAUAUAGACAUACAUACAUACGUAAAACAGGAGAGGAAUUUCGAAAAGGAUUCAAGGAAACUUACAAAACCAUCAAUUAGUAAAAUGAACAAAUUAAAGUAUUUAUUAAGUUAUCGCUCCACAUCGCAUGGCAAUCCCAAAGAACAAAUAUUGAAUUUCCUGACUUAUGGACUGCUCACACUUGUCCUAUUCUGCUCUAUAUUUUUGCUAUGGGAUUUUUCAUUUGGCAAUGUUGGCAGCGGUCCGGAAGGAUUCUUUUUCAAUGGCAAAAAGGAUAAGCAUGCCCUGGUACUUGACUUGACCCACAGUCAGGAGAUUUUACUACAAUCAGAUGCAGCAGAGCAACGCAUCGAGAGAAAUGGCAAUUGUACAUUCUGGGAUUGUCUGAAUAUCUACAAAUGUGAGCAUGAUCGCCUGAAGGUCUAUAUCUAUCCACUGCAAGAAUUCGUGGACGAAAAGACCGACAAGGUGGCCAGCACUUUGUCCAGUGAAUAUUUUCAAAUACUCGAGGCAGUCCUUAAGAGUCGCUACUACACCUCAAAUCCGAAUGAGGCUUGCCUCUUUCUGCCCAGCUUGGAUUUGUUGAAUCAGAAUAUGUUUGAUAAACAAUUAGCUGGGAUGGCCCUGACCACUCUGGACUUUUGGGGAGAUCGGGGCGAGAAUCACAUGUUAUUCAAUAUGCUCCCAGGAAGUGCUCCCGAUUAUCACACCGUAAUGGAUGUGCCAACGGCAAAUGCAAUUAUAUUUGGCGGCGGUUUCGAUUCAUGGUCAUAUCGUCAGGGAUUCGAUGUAUCCAUUCCUGUGUGGAGUCCACGCUUGGCCCAAUCACAUGCCCCCCAUGCAACCAGUCAACGCAAAUAUCUCUUAAUGGUGGCUCAAUUGAAUCUCUUGCCACAUUUUCUGAGAACACUCAAAGAGUUGGCCAACUCUCAGCCAGAUAAAAUUCAAGUUCUGGGACCAUGUGAGAGUCAAUCUCCAGAACGGAGUUUGGAUUUCUCCUUGAGAUGUUCCUUUGUCAAUCAUCAGAAACGUUUGGAUUAUCCUCACUUGCUGGCCAAAAGUAAAUUCUGUCUAGUUGCACGCAGUUUGCGUUUGGGUCAACCCGAUCUCUUGGAGAUCAUGUCCCAGAAUUGUAUACCCGUCAUAGCCAUAGACAAUUAUAUAUUACCCUUUGAGGAUGUAGUCGAUUGGUCUUUGGCCUCGGUUCGCAUACGAGAAUCGGAAUUACAUUCAGUUUUACGUAAAUUGGAAAGCAUUUCCAAUGUGAAAAUUGUCGAAAUGCAAAAGCAAGUUCAAUGGUUAUAUUCGAAAUAUUUCAAGGAUCUAAAGACCAUAACCAUAACAGCUCUUGAGAUUCUAGAGAGUCGCAUCUUCCCAUUGAGGGCAAGAAGUAGUCGACAAUGGAAUUCAAUUGAUACAAAUAGUCAUGCCACAUUUAAUCCGCUCUUCUUAACUUCAUUGGCACCAAAAUCUCAAGGAUUCACUGCCGUAAUACUUACUUACGAUCGUGUCGAGAGUCUUUUCCUAUUGAUACAGAAAUUGGCUGUGGUUCCAUCGUUGCAAAGUAUUUUAGUUGUUUGGAAUAAUCAAAAGAAAUCCCCGCCACACUUGUCAACUUUUCCCUCAAUCUCAAAGACUUUGAAAAUCAUACAGACCCAGGAGAAUAAAUUAUCGAAUCGCUUCUUUCCCUAUCCCGAGAUUGAAACUGAAGCCAUUCUGACCAUAGAUGAUGACAUUAUAAUGUUGACCACAGAUGAACUUGAUUUUGGCUAUGAAGUUUGGCGAGAGUUUCCCGAUCACAUAGUUGGUUUUCCUAGUCGCAUUCAUGUCUGGGAUAAUGUUACAAUGCGUUGGCAUUACGAAUCCGAAUGGACAAAUCAAAUCUCAAUGGUUCUGACGGGUGCCGCUUUCCAUCAUAAAUAUUGGAGUCAUAUGUACACAUAUGCCAUGCCGGGUGACAUUAAACAAUGGGUCGAUGAGCAUAUGAAUUGUGAGGAUAUUGCCAUGAAUUUCCUAGUGGCCAAUAUAACCAAUAAUCCGCCAAUUAAAGUAACGCCACGCAAAAAAUUCAAAUGUCCGGAGUGUACAAAUACGGAAAUGCUAUCGGCGGAUCUAAAUCAUAUGCGUGAGAGAUCGGCAUGCAUCGAUCGUUUCUCAAAGAUCUAUGGACGUAUGCCUUUGCGUACGGUUGAAUUUCGUGCAGAUCCUGUACUAUUCCGUGACAAUUUCCCGGACAAAUUGAAGCGUUACAAUGAUAUUGGUAGUCUAUAAAGUAAUAUUACAAAUUUUUAAUGGAUUAUAUGCCAAAGACUUAAAAGUGGUAGCGAAUAUUCUAUGUGUAUUCCGAAUUGACUUAAAUCUAUAUUUAUUCUCCUCGGUCCGGGCUAAAGAACAACAUUUUGUAAGCAUAUCAAAUAUAGUUUAGAUUAAUUUUUUUGUAAUUAUUUUUAAAGUUUUCAAAUAAGUUUGGAACUAACUAAAAUUUUAAUAUAUCAUAAUAUUUGAGAGAUACAUGUAAAUGCUUCAAUUUUGACUGAUUUUAAAAACAUUUGUUGUAUUUUCAUAUAUUUAGCCCUCGAUCUUAGGUUAUGAAAACUCAAAACCAAAAUUUGUUCUGUUUAUUAACAUUGUAAUUAUAGUAUGAACCUAAGUGACAAUGUUUUCUUAUAGAAAAAUUCUUCUAAACAAAAACAAAAACUUUGAGUCAAAUUUUCGGAAUAUAUCUUUCGAUCUGAAGUUUUGAAAACCAAUAAACAAAAAUUUGUUGUG